AUGGCAGACACGGACCUCUCCAAACUGAACAGGAAGACGCUCCGCGUGUCCCGGGGCUUCACCUACACCUACUACACCUCACCGGCCCGGGACUCCUCCAAGCCGACGCUGAUCCUCUUCCACGGCUGGCCCGACACCGCCCGGCUCUUCGCGGGCCUGGCCAACGACUACCUCGUCCCCAACGGCUACGGCAUCGUCGCGCCGGACUGCCUCGGCUACGGCGGCACCUCCAAGCCCACCGACGACGAGUCGUACGCCUGGCAGCGCAUGGCCGCCGACGCCGUCGAGAUCCUCGACGCCGAGGGGCUCGACCGGGUCGUCUCGGCCGGCCACGACUGGGGCAGCGCCCUCGCCCAGCGCCUCUACCACUUCCACCCGGCGCGCGUCGCGGGCCUCGUCACGCUCAACGUGCCCUACCUGCCGCCCACGGGGGACUUCGACCUCGAGGCCGCCAACGCCGCCACCAGGCAGGCCUGGGGCGCGGGCGUCUACGAGUACUGGCGCUUCUUCACGGCCGGCGACGCGCCGGCCCUCAUGGCCCGCAACCUCGAGUCGGUGUACAGCGCGGCCCACGGCGAGCCCGCGACCUGGGAGCAGAACUGGUGCUCGCCGGGCGGGAUGCGCGCGUGGGUCUCCGAGGGCCGCACCCAGCCGACCCUGCCGUACGCCUCGGGCGAGCACAAGGCCGACUUCAUGAGGCGGUUCGACCCCUCCGAGGGCGGCGGCGACGGGUUCGAGGCGCCCUCCUGCUGGUACAGCUCGUUCGCGUUUGGCGUGCAGAACGCCGCAGACAGGCUUCUGCCGAAGGACGCCUGGACCGUCCGGGUGCCGACGCUGUUCUGGGGCGGAGCGCAGGACUUCGUGUGCAGGCCUGCCGGGAUGCAGCCGAGCAUCGACGCCGGGUACCUGCCCAACGCAACAGUCAUCGUGAGGGACGGAGGCCACUGGGCGCUUCUCGCCAUACCAGAUGUGUUUGGAGAGGACUUGCUGAGCUGGCUGCAGAGCACUUUCUAG